AAAAUUACAUUACUUUGUUUUCACAUCUGACCAAUUGCAUGAUAUACUAUACGUCUAUAGAUAAAUUGAUGAAAUAGCCGUAUCGAGUUAUGAAAUUUUUAAUAAGUCGUCAGCAGUAAAUCCACUUAAAGAUGAUAAUAAGUAUUUUUAUAAAUGUUUUCGAGCGGUUUCAGUUCUUAUUUUUUAUUAUUGUUAUUUUUUAAUUUCUUUAUAUUUUCUUUAAAUGUUUCUGAUUUUGUUUAAAUAUCCUGCCCUUUUAUAAAUCAGAUAUGACGAACCCAUAUAGGCCUAUUUAUUUUGACAAAUUCACAAUAUUAUGAGACGGCAUUUAAACAAACGUCACUUAAAAUGAACCAAGGUCAAAAAACAGCUAGCGAAUAAUGCACAGCGGUCGAGAGUUCGGGCCAUUCUUGGGUGACGUAGCGUAACAGCACCGUAACACACCGGUUCGUGGUUAACUGACCCUGACUCGGCUGUAAUAGAUAUUCCGGACAUAAACACUUGUAUUACGCAUGAAAAAUCACCGAAAACACCGCGUCAUAGGACUCGGGGGUAGCGUAAUGGCUCGCGAAUAUAAAUAUAACCGGCUUACCAUCCUGUCUCAGUUUUGUAGUAGAAAUCGCCAGUAUGAAAACACUUUUUCUAACAGCCCUCCUUUGUUGUGGGGGACAGGCUUUAGGAUCUUGUCCAGAAGAAGCAAAUGAUUUGGUUCCUUGGUCAUCCAGUGUAACCGCCACUAAAAAUUCCUCGAUCACGAUUUCCCAACCCACACUCCUGGACGUUUCGCCCCCAGAACUUUUCGGGAUCACCAUUUCUAAGGGAGGUCGGCUCGUGUGGAGCCGAGUGGGGGCCAUCAGCCUCCGCACCCACUAUCUCAGGAUACAGGGAGGCGGGGAGCUUCACAUCGGGAGUGAAUCUUGCCAGUUUGACGGAAAGGCUCGGAUUACAUUAUUAGGCGAGCCCGGGGAACUGGACAUACCGUCGUUCGGAGAGAAGUUUAUCGGGGUGGAGGAGGGCGGAGUACUAGAACUUCACGGUAAAGACAAGUUAUCAUGGACCAAGUUAUCUCAACACGCCCCUCGGUACCAGGAAGAAGUGACUGAAAUCUACAACCACAGGGACACACAGGUCAGUUUCCGCCCAGGGAUGUACGUCUACCACUUCAGAGAAGCUUUCAACAGCGAUUUCAACAUCAACACUGACGCAGGGUUUGAAUAUGUGGGCAGAAUUCACAGAAAACUGAACUUCUUUAGUCGAAGAAAAACAAAUGCUGCAGUAGCUGACUUGAAGAACUUCAUUGAAGGGAUCCCAAACGGAGACAUCUUUGCAAUUGCAACCCAGAAGAAUUUCCUGCGCAGAGACUUAACGGCUCUGUAUACCGCCAUAGAUGCCCUCAACAACACGAAUUCCUUCCGAACAGUCCAGAAAGACGACGCUUAUGUCGCCGUGGGAAAGAAAGGGUUCAGUUUCUAUGAAAACCACGAUUCAGAGAUUUCGGAAGAUAGAUUCACGGAAGCCGAGGUAACAUUUAGCGCUCCUGAAAAAGAGCGCGAAAUUAAAGUGUCGUCAAAGAACCAUCUCAAGGAAUCCCAAAGUCGCAUACAGCUCCUGGUCCUCAACACAUUGCUAACGAGGCCUAUCAUUUCUGUUGUGGAUGACGUCAGCAGUUGGAAAACUGGCGACAAGAUCUUCAUUACGUCAACGGAUUACGACUGGAGACAGGUGGAAGAAUUCUCUAUCGUGCCGUGCGACAGAACGGACUGUUCAACCAACACCGUCCGCCUCAACCGUCCUAUUCAGUACGACCACUAUGGAGACAUUUAUAAACGGGUGGACAUGCGAGCGGAGGUUGGUUUGAUGACGCGACAUAUUGUUAUCGACGCCGAGGUGUCCAAGGGCAACAGCAACGGAGGGCAUGUCAAGUUCUUAAAAGGAUUUGGAAGUGUCAGAGUGGAGGGCGUAGAACUAUCCAAUUUGGGACAACCUCUUAUUUUAGGUCGAUACCCUCUCCACUAUCACAUGUGUGAGGAUCUUGCAAACAGCACGCUUUAUCCCAUCCGCUCUUACAUCAGAAGGAACUCUAUUCACCACAACCAAUUCCGAUGUGUCACAAUUCACGGAACCCAUAAUGCAACACUUACUGAUAAUGUAUGCUACGACACCGUGGGACACGGGUUCUUUAUUGAGGAUGGAGGAGAAAAAGAUACGUACAUUCGUGGGAACUUGGGUCUCGGACAACGUAGAUUUAGAGGAAAGACCAUGUUAGACGUCACCGGAGCAAUUCCCACUGACGCGAAGAAAGGUCCGGUUACUUUUUGGGUGACGAAUCCCAGGACGACUCUGCUCAACAACGUAGCAGCCGGAGGAGAUGGAAUUGGGAUGUGGUUCGUGUACCCCGACAUUCCGACAGGUCCGUCCCACAAUAAAAACUUCAUGGCAGAGGGAGAAGCCCGUCAUACAAAGAUCACUAAAUACCAAAACAACGUGCACCAUUCCUACAUCAGGGCAGGACUGUUCGUGGACAAUAUUGAACAACAAGACCUGACAGUCAAAGGAUACAACAAAUAUAACCCCCGGCUUAUCCCCACGGACAGGUCCUCUCCCAGAGUGGCGGCGAUCUUCGAGGGAAUCACAGCAUAUAAGAAUCGAAUGCAGAAUAUCUGGAUACGAGGGACCCCGAUAAUUGUCAGGAAAUCAUCAUUUUCGGACAGUUUAAUCGGAGCCACUUUGAUCAAGGAAAGCGAUGUCUGGAUGGAGUUCACGGACAAUGUUGUGGUGGGGUACUCUGACAACACGGGCAGACCCCUGGGUAUCAUGGAUAGGUCAUUCCCUUCAAAACCCUCUAGACCCAUUGCAGGGUACAGGAUUCUUAAGGGUCCAGUUUACGUGAAGAACUCGUGGUUCGGAGAUUUCGAGUCGACGGAACUAUACAACGCAUCGGCGAUAUCUAACCGACAAUGUGCCCCGAGUCUUGACCCCCAGACACAAGUCCAAAACCUUCUCUUUGGUUUCGAAGAUGCCCCAGGUAAGCGAUUCCAGUUCCAUGAGAGGGGCGAUUGUCCGGAUGUAGACGCCAUGUUUACUCUCAAGGAUGUCGGCAAUUCUCUGACCCGGGCUGAAGGGACCCGCGACAUGACCCUCGUCACUAACCACCCCUUCCACACCAGCGGGGAGUGUAAAGUGAGGGCCCCUUGGGGUCUGGCUCACUGUCCCUACAAUUACGGAGAGAUCAAGUUUAUGUACCCUUCGGAAAAUGACCUAAACGUCUACAGAACGGAUGGAGCAAUCCCGCACGCCAUGAGGGACAUUACAAACAAAUCUUUCCUCACGAUCCUCGGAGAGUCGUCAGCGCAGUCUAGGAAUUUCCAGUAUUUAGCCCUCGUUGAGGAAGAAAUGCCGGACAGCGUGGUGAUCCGCGGCACCUCUAUUACAAAAUCCAAUUCUUUUGUUAUGGCACUGUGCCUGCCCCGCGACGCGAUCUUCAAAUUCAGGUAUUCCAUUUCUAAAGUGGGCAGGAUACCUGUACAGAGAGUGGGUACCAGGGAUGAGGUGUUUGCUGAUGCCACGGGAGGAAAAUAUUACUUUGAUGCUAAUGUUGGGGUGGUAUUUUUUAAAAUGAUUAACGAUGUGGAAUACACAGAAGGGGAGAAGUCAUCUUGUCCUUCUAAACAUUGUCCCAUGGCGGUCAUCAGGAUAGACAGCGGAACGCUUGGAGAUAGUGACUGUUCCAGCAGAUUUUUCAACGAACCAUCGUAUCUACAGGAAAAUCAGGGCAGCCCAUCUGUCGACAGUAGAAGGAUCGCUGCUGAUUCUCCAAACCCGCCUGAGACAAUGGGAGCAGGGUCCACAUACCCAGUAUCAACAUCAUGAAGAAAUUCAGGAAUUCUCUAGACUUAAUCAUUCUGAUUAUAUCAUGGAGAACUUGGAUUCAGGAAUUCUCUAGACUUAAUCAUUCUGACUAUAUUGUGCAGGAUUCUCUAGAAUUAAUCAUUCUGACUAUAUAUCAUGAAGAAAUUGGAUUCAGGAAUUCUCUAGACUUAAUCAUUCUGACUAUUUGACUCAGGAAUUCUCUAGAAUUAAUCAUUCUGAUUAUAUCGUGAAGAACUUGAAUUCAGGAAUUCUCCAGACUCAUGCUGAAUAUAUAUCGUGAAGAACUUGGAUUCAGGCAUUCUACAGACUCAUGCUGACUAUAUAUUGUGAUGGACUUGGAUUAAGGAAUUCUACAGACUCAUGCUGACUAUAUAUUGUGAUGGACUUGGAUUAAGGAAUUCUACAGACUCAUGUUGACUAUAUAUAUCGUCCAUGAUGUGUUCACAAAUACCUCCAUAUCUAUUUUGCAAUACUAUAGUAAGAUAUUUUUAAAACUAUUUUUAUAUUGUUAUUUGAUAGCAUUUCCUUUUUAUGAAAUCCAUUUUGUGCUGUAGUGUUUAUGUUUAUAUAUAAUGUCAAUUUAUUUUUUAUACACGCUUAAUUAAUAAAGAUGAAAUCCCACCAAACUUUUAAUUAUUU